AUGGGGUCGGCUGGGUAUAUUCUGCUAAAAAAAUUAAAACCCCUGAAGGUUGGCCUUAAGAAAUGGAAUGUGGAGGUGUUUGGGAAUAUCAUCAAUAAACUGAAAGCAUCAGAAGCUUAUCUACACAAUUUAGAGCUUGUUGUUGAGGACAGAGAGCUUGAUGAGGCAGAAAUAAGAACGAGGAGAGAGGCUAGAGCAGAGGUGUGGAGAUUGAGCAAGAUAGUGGAGAGAAUUUGGUUACAAAAGUCAAGGAUGAAUUGGACAUUGAAGGGAGAUAGGAAUACAAGAUUCUUCCAUGUUAUGACAAAGUGUAGGCAAUCAAGGAAUGAAAUAAACUUUAUUACAAAGGGGGAGGUGGUAUAUGAGGAUCCUAGUCAUGUGAAGAGAAAAGUGUUUCAACACUUCAAGGGUCAUUUUUCUGAAGACUGGUGUGGAAGACUUGAAUUAGAAGGAACCUUUAAGUCAGUACAAGGGAGUUGUGAUUUUGAAAGGCUGGAAGUGUUUUCAAAAACUAAGAUCAAAGCUGCAGUGAUGGAUUGUGAUGGAAAUAAAGCACUAGGGCCAGAUGACUUUAAUAUGGGGCUGGUUAAAGGAAUUAAUAGUUCCUUCAUAACCCUUGUACCUAAGAAGGAGAAUCCUAAGGGGUUAAAUGAUUAUAGGCCUAUAAGCCUGACAGUGUUUCUAAGUGGAAGGAACAUCUUAGAUGGGGUAUUAAUUGCUAAUGAAGUGGUUGAUGGUUGGAAGAAGAAAAAGAGGAAGGGUCAUAUUAUUAAGUUGGAUUUUGAGAAGGCAUAUGAUUCUAUUAAUUAG